CGGUUUGUCGCCUUACAGUGACAUUUAAUGUUUUUUCGUUGCGGAAAGCCGACAGCUUGGCUUCCUUUGGCUUAACUCACGUGGUUUUCGCCGUGCAAUUAUAUUUUUACCCCAACCAACGACACGAGCUCCCAUUUGGAAGCUUUCGGUCCGCGUGGUGUGCUGCUGCGCGCGCAUUUGGCGCGAUGAAAACGAUGAAGAGACCCAACAUUCUUUUAACAGGAACCCCUGGAGUUGGAAAGACCACCCUGGGGAAGGAGCUCGCUGAGAGAACAGGCCUGUGCUACAUCAACGUGGGCGAAGUGGCGCAGGAAGGGCAGCUCUAUGAUGGUUUUGAUGAGGAGUACCAGUGUCCAGUGUUGGAUGAGGACAGGGUUAUUGAUGAGCUGGAGGACAGGAUGAGUGAAGGAGGGGUGAUUGUGGAUUAUCAUGGAUGUGACUUUUUCCCUGAGAGGUGGUUUGAUAUUGUCUUUGUACUGCGCACAGACAACACUUGCCUCUACACUCGACUAGAGAACAGGGGGUACACAGGAAAGAAGCUUGAGGACAAUGUCCAGUGUGAGAUCUUCCAGACUAUCUAUGAAGAAGCCAUGGGUGCUUACAAAGAGGAGAUUGUUCACCAGUUGCCCAGCAACGAGCCUGAAGACCUAGAAAGGAACGUGGAACAGAUCACACAAUGGGUAGAGCAAUGGAUGAAGGAUAAUAACUAAUGACAUGGAUGUGCACACGCAUAGCGGGACAGCAUGAAAUUCUCUCUGGUGCAGUUACUGGUCUUCUACCAUCUCUGCUAGGCUAUCAUGUGACCUUGUUGGCUGUGUCAGCAUUUGUCUGUCUGGAUGCUUUUUGUAUACUAUCUGAAAGCUUAAACCUGCAUUAAACUAUUUCUUACUGCGUAAAAAUGAAUACAUUCUGUUCCAAAUGAUUAGAAUUUAGAGUUGAGUUCAACUAUUUGGAGAUAAACUUACAUUAGUAAGCCGUAUGAGCAAGAGCAUCUCUUGGUUAAUGGCUGUAUCCAUGGAUCUGCCUGUUUAACCUUGGUAUUUAUUUGCAUGGCAAAUUAUUCAAGAUGGAAAACAGCUGCAUAAAAUAGGCACUUUUUUAAAAUUAACCCUUAUUUAACUGAUGCCUCUUGUCCAAGAUCACAAUAUCAGGCUUGUAAAACAGGUUGAUUUACUCAUUUAUACAGCAGGUUAUUCUUACAUCAA